CGGGGCGGGGUUUGGAGCCAAAGCCGCCCCGCUGGCCCCACCCUGGGAUUUGGGCUCUKGAGUGACCCAAAGCACCUCAUCCAUCACGGCAGGGCCAGCUGUCAGCCGGGAGAGCGGCACCGAAACCUGCCCACGGCUUCCAGGUUCUGGACGACAGCUGAGACCGGCUGAGGCCCCGGGAGAUGCUGAUGCCGAUGCGGAUGCAGAAGAUGAAGAUUCUGUUAAUGAAGUGGCCGUAGAAGACAUUCGUCCAAGGCCACAAGGAUCCUCUCCAGUUUAUGAAUAUCCCAUAGAAGAAGACUAUUUAAAGCUUGAAGAAGAAAACAAAAAAGUUUCUACAGACAAAUCAAAACAGAGUCAUCCACAGGAGACAAUGGAAGUGACCCUGAAAACAGAAGUGGAAGCUGGUGCUAGUGGUUUUAGUGUGAAAGGUGGAGGAAAUGAAGGAAUAUUUAUUAAAAAAGUGCUUAAGGAAUCUCCUGCUUCAAAAAUAUUUAGUCUUAGAGAAGGUGAUCAGCUUCUAAGUGCUACAGUAUUUUUUGAUAAUAUCAAAUAUGAAGAUGCACUCAAGAUUCUCCAAUAUUCCGAGCCAUACAGAGUCCAAUUCAGCCUCAAAAGAAAAAUUGCCGUGCAAGAAGAUCUAGAGCAUUCUUCAGCCCAGCACAAAAAGGAAAGAAUAGGCCAGGAAAAAGAACUCAGUGAGAGCAUUCCUGAAGAAACACUUCAUGUUUCAGGAAAAGCUAUAUCAGAAGAAGACAGGGAAACAUUAAUUGGAAGCCAAAGGGUAGGAAGAAGUAAGAGACCUAAAAAAGAUAGACUAUCAUGGCCGAAAUUUCAGUCAAUCAAAAAUAAAAAGAUAUUGAGGCACAGAAGAUCUCAUAGUACAUCAGAUGCAUAUGAGCCCGCUAUGCAGGAUAUUUCCCCUACAAGCACGGACACGGAGUCUCAAUUUCCACAGGAAGUCCAUACCAAAGAGAAAAAAGGAAGCCAAAGGAAGCUGAAGUUCCCUAACAUUGGAUUCAGAAUGCAUAGGUCCAAAGCAGAGCCACAAGAGAAACAAAAAAAAGAAAUAAAAACUAUGCUGAUCUCUGAAAAAGAAAAAAUACAUAAAGAUGAUAUAAGCUUGGAAAAUCCCGAAAUCUUAACUGUUGAAUAUACCACAUCUGCUUAUGAAAUGAAAACAGGGGAGGUACAURAAACUUUAACAAAAGACUUAAAAGAUAUGAAAAAUGGCAUUCCAUCUCAUGUAAAGCAAUGCCCUGAAGUUGAAAUAAACAUUAAAGAAAAAGACAAGGAAGCAACAUCAAAAUUUAGUGUACCUGAAGUACCAGACAUAACAACAGARAUACCAAAGCCCAGCUUAGAAACAGCUGAUCUGAAAGUAAGCCCAACUAAAAAAUCACCACAAGCCUCAUCAAAAUCCCGAAAAAAGAAACAGAAAGGAACAAGAGAUAAAAAAGAAGGAGAAAGUAGAAUUGACAUAGACUUGAUGGGUCACACAGCUAAAGGAUCUGUACAGGUAAAAGGCCUAGAAAUAGGCACAGCUAAAGCAGAAUUACAGACAUCUGAAACACAGGAAAUGGAAGGAAAAAGAGCAGAAGACACACAGAUAAUAAAUAUUCAGAAAAUAAAUUAUGGAGUUUCCAUGCCCACAAGAAAAGAGACAGAGACUGACACAACCAAACAAGGAAGUGAAGAUCCACAAACAGUUGAUUUGACUUCAGAGGACAGCAGAAAUUUUGGUGGGAAAACUCACUUGCCAGAUGCAGAAUUAGAAGUAUCUACUUGGAAAAUACAGAUGCCAUCAUUCAAAAUGGGUAAAACACUUAAAACUGACACAAAAAUAAAAAGAGAAGGAAGCAGAGAAGACACAGAUGAUAGUAUGAAAAAGGAACACAUAGAGGUAGAUGAAAUGCUUACAGAUGAAAAAGGCUUAAAUGUAGAAAUUGACAUGAAGAGAGGAGAAAAAGAUAUGGAGGGAAAAGAAAGCAAAUUCAGACUGCCAAAAUUAAAAUUCCCUACAUUUACAUGGUCAACAACAAAGGAAGAAACAGGGCAAACUGAAACACAGAUAAAUGAAAGGGAAGAAAAAGUACAAAUUCGAGAAGAAGCAGGAGGACUUGAGGUAUGUGCAAAAGCAGAAGAAAUAAAAGAUCCAAGUGCUGAAAUUGAAAUAGAGAUAUCCAAAGAAAAAUUAAAGGAAAAUGAUAUAAAGCAAAAAGCAAAAAUCGAGCUACAAAGUCCGAAAAAAAUAACAAUAGAACCUGCCUCAAUGGAAAUUAACAUUGAAGAAAGACAAAAAAAAUCAUUGAUUUCAAAAAUAGAUGUGGAAGCAGAAAGCAUUGAAUUCAGUCAAAAAUCGAAAGAGAAGCAGAAGAUAUCAGUAACCACAGACUUUGAAAACAAAGCUCCCAAGGUGGACAUCAGCCUGCCCUCUGUYGACAUCACCCUUCCGCAGGCCAGCGUCGACCUGCAGGCACCCGAAGCCGCCCUCGGCGUGGAAGGGGAAAUCAAAGGCCCAGAGAAGGAGGCCGCCAAGACCAAAGACGGCAAGUUCAAGAUGCCCAAGUUCGGCAUGCCUUCCUUUGGCUGGUCCAGCAGCAGAGAGGCCAAGGGCUCUGUGGCCGCCGAGGUUGACAUCAGCCUCAAGGAGCCCCAAGUGACGGUGCCAUCGGCAGCCGCCGAAGUGGACGUCAGCCUGCCCGCGGCCGAGAUCCAAGUGCCCGGC